CAAUGAUGACUGUAGGAAAUGGGUAAAUUAAGCAGCUCUCAUUGUUCCUUUUAGCAGAGUCACCUGAGAUGAAAAAAGAGCAAGACCACCCUGCAAAGUCCCACACCAAAAAGCACAAUCCACGAGGGACUCACUUAUGGGAAUUCAUCCGUGAUAUCCUCCUGAACCCAGACAAGAACCCAGGGUUAAUCAAGUGGGAAGAUCGAUCUGAGGGCAUCUUCAGGUUCUUGAAAUCAGAGGCUGUGGCCCAGCUAUGGGGCAAAAAGAAGAACAACAGCAGCAUGACCUAUGAAAAACUCAGCCGAGCGAUGAGAUAUUACUACAAAAGAGAAAUUCUGGAACGUGUAGACGGACGAAGGCUGGUAUAUAAAUUUGGGAAGAACGCACGUGGAUGGCGAGAAAAUGAAAACUGAACCUGCCAACACUUUGAACACAAACCCAAACAUUCCCCAAAUGAUAGCAAGCCAAGAGCUCCUGGACAUAAGUAUUCCAAAGACUACUUUUCUCUGAUAUUUAUGUACCUUGAGGGGGAAAAACAUCCACUUCUAAUCGGAAGAAGGAACACUACAGUUGAUAAAAUUAUUUUGUUACUUUGAAGUAUGUCCUAUAUGGGGAACAAACGUACACAGUUUUCUGUGAAAUAUGAUGCUGUAUGUGGUCGUGAUUUGUUUUUGCCUCUAUUGUGAAGUUCCUUUCCACUGCAAGAAGAGCAGGAUUUGUAGCCUUGUGCUUCUUGCUAAGAGAAAGAAAAAAAAUUAGAGGGCAUUAAAUGUUUUUAUAUGCAAAAUGAUUAGGAGAAGAUGAUGUGUCCUCUGGGCAUGAGCAUCCACGUGGCCUCAUCAGGAGAGGCGGGUGGGGUUGCUAGGAUGAACUCCAAGGUCUCAGGUUGACAGGAUGAACCCAAGGAUGCUGGGAAGUUUAACUUGACCUUUAGGAGCCAGUGAGUGGAGCAUGAAGACUUCCAAAAUCCAAGUGGACUAUAAUCACUGAGUAAUCACAUGACUUGCAAUGCUUAAAUCAGCAAGAAUAAUGGUGAAGGCUUUCUACUCAUUCAAGAAUGAUUUACCUGAUGCCAACGCUGUCUCUCUCCCACCCUCUUCGAUGACUGGGGAAAAAAUCUUCAAAUGCCAUCUCUGCUCACUUCUAGGUAUUUAAGAGAGGCUCUAACCUUGCUUGUUUUUAAUCCCAAUUGUUCGAAAAUAAAUGGGAAAAAGGA